AUGCCAGCAAUAAACUCGACGGAGUGUCAGAGAUUUACUAAGUUUAGAAGGUCCCCUUCAGGGUUUUCUAUAUCCACAAAGUCUUCAGAAUGCACAGGUCCUGUUAAUAUUAAGCAGAUGAUGGAGAAAUCAAAUGCUUUGUCUUCUCUUAACUGAAGUAAAUUGUUUAGGAGAACAAGAAAUAAAGAUAUGAAAUUCUCUACAAGCUUAUUAGUGAAGAAAAAAUUUCAAAAUACUCCUUCUAACACUGGCUUUGUGUUGGUGAAGCCAAAUUCAGGACUAGCCAAGAAUAAAAGUGGAGCUAAGCAGGACUUCCAAGAAUUUUUAAAGCACGAUCAUAUCUCUGCUCUUCAAAAACUCAACUUUUCUCUGCACUAUUGUGAAGGCCAGUCAACAUUCAUUACUCUGCCUGAUUUCAAACGUAGCAAUAAAAGGAGUGUUUCAUGCCUAAACAGACAUGCAAGAAUUAAUUCCAAGUCACAAUCAGCUUUUAAAAUAUCAGACUCCAGAGGCAGAAUGCCGAAGCUCAGCACUUUCACAAAUACACGCACUAAACCGAAGAGUUUGAAACUUUCGAAUCUGUCCAAAGAGCUUAAAUCGAUAUAUAUCAAACUAAAGAACCUCGAAUCUAAUGACAAUAGCAUUGAGAAAGUGGAUAGUUACAAAUUUAAGCACAGAGGUUCGAAUUUCAAUCUGAAAAAAGCUCUAAACAAAUCGCUCACUCUUGGCAAAGUAUAUCAUAAAGCACAUGCCUUGGCGAAACCAGGCACUUCUGUCUCCCAUUUCGUUAAUCCAGCGAAAUAAUCAAGCAGUUGGGAUUCGAGGCUUUUUAUUUUAACCAAAAUUAUUGAUGUAAAUAAAGUUAAAAUAUGAUAAA